AUGGCGGGGAUGCAGAAUCGAGGGCUGACGCAUCUGGAUCGAACACCCUGUGCUGGAGACAUGGAGAAAAGCUCAAACUCUUCUGUUUGGUGGAUCAGGAGCCCAUCUGCGUGGUGUGCCAAGCCUCAAAAAUGCACAAAGGUCACGACUGCUCUCCCACGGAAGAGGCGGCUCUGGACUUUCACAAAUCUGUCGCAAACCAUAAACGCUGAAGAUUUAACAUUGCUGCAGAACUUCAAAGCUAUCAUAGAUGGAACAUGGACUACCUUUCAGGACCCGGAAGGCGUGUCAGGAUCUUUGUUGAAUGAAUCUAAGCAUCUUGGGAAUCUAAAGUACAAGGUCUGGGAGAAGAUGCAGGCAGUUGCACCUUACAGUCCAGUAAUUUUGGACCCAAACACAGCCCACCCUUGCUUGACGCUGUCAGACGACCUGACCAGUCUCCGCUAUAGCACCCCAAACCAAGUUCUCCCCAGUAACCCUGAGCGUUUCCACAUCAGUGCAGAGGUGCUGGGCUGCACUACCUUUAGCUCCGCAAGCCACGGCUGGGAGAUCGAGGUUGGUGACAAUGAGGACUGGAUCCUGGGCUUGGCCAGUGAGUGUGUGAAGCGAGAUCAGGAAGUACCUGCCAGACCAGAGAAUGGCUUCUGGACCAUCUGCCUACGGGAUGGGCAAUACAGGGCUAUGGAAUCACCCCCAACUGCUAUAAAAGUGGAGGAGAAACUGCAGAGGGUCUUGGUCCAGCUGAACUGGGACAGAGGGGAGGUGAUUUUUUCAAACCCAUCACGUCAAGAAAUUAUAUACACUUUCAAACAUGUCUUUACGGAUAAGUUAUUGCCGUACUUCUACACGCAAAGUAAGCAUCCUUUGCGUAUCCUCUCCAAGCCUGCGUUGGUGUCAACGUGAAAGCAUCCUCUAAAAUAGGGAAAAUACAAACUGUGGAAAAUUAAUCAUAUAUAGCUACACAUUUAACAGAUGCUUAAAGUGAUUUAAAGUUCAUCAUACAGUUCAUUGUGCAAAGUAGCCCAAGGCAGUUAUCUUAAUGUGAGCAAGGCUAUCCUUACUGCUAAUAAACAUUCAGACAAGUGCAGUUUCUGAAUCUGUCUCAGUGGCUGUUUGUCAUUACUGUACAUACACACCGUAUGAAACAAUUUAUAAAUUCUGAAAGCCACAACAGCUUGACAACAAAUUAUUUUUUUUUUCUUGAGAAUA